GUAAUACUAACAGUAUACACUCGUAGCUGUUUAAAUAAUUCACAGAAAGCAAACAAGUUUAUUGACCGAAUGUCUUAUUUUUCAAGCUUAUUACACUACAAAAUGUGACGUGUGGAGCUAUGGCAUUACAAUGUGGGAAAUAUUUUCCAAAGCUGACACACCCUAUGAGUACCUGCAUAUGCAACCCUAUCAAAUCAUCGACUAUCUAAAACGAGGUAAAAAUGUUAAAAUGUUAAUUGCAUUUUUUGUCAUUGAUCAAUAUAAAACUAAUAAUAAUAUUUUUUGUUUUAAACUAAAAGGUGAGCGUUUGAAGAAACCGGUGAAAUGUAGUGAUGAGAUGUAUAAUAUUAUGACAAAGUGUUGGAAACAAGAGCCUGGCGAUCGGCCCAAUUUCAAAGAUAUUAUAGAAAUGUUGAAUAAAAAUUAAUGUUUCUAUUUACAAUUAUUGUGCAUGUUUUCUAUAUUUUACUCAAAACAAAAAGCCUUCAGUUUUCGUGAUAUCAAUUUCAGUAUGUUUUAUAUGUCUUUUAAAGCUCGUCUGUGAUAGGCAAAUGUUUUGUUUCUUAAUGUGAUUUUUAUUGUUCUUUACUACAGAUAUCGGUUUUUAUAUUUCUUUGAUUAUAUAAUAUGUCCUGCAUAUGACAUAAGUACAAUUUUUUAUCUUAAUACUAUGAUCAGUUUUUGAAAACGCUGUUUCAAAAUAAAAUAUUUCUCUUUUUAAGUCAGAUAUAGAGAAAAUAACUUGUGGUCAGAUCAUAUAUCUGACAAAACAUAAUCUGGACUAAAUAGAGUUCUGCACAUCAUAUCAGAACCAAUGUGUUAAACUAAUUACAUCCUCUUUUUAGAUUUAGUUGCUUUUAAUUAUGCCUCAUUUACUUAUAAGUACUAAAAUUAGAUUAGAACCCGGACCGACUAUUGUUGGCGACGAAAGAACAGAUCCUGAAAUAAUGGAUUACCUUGAUGCAACCCUUUUUCACGAAAAAGGAAAUAAUUUCUCAGAGUAUAGAACAAGCGAUUGUGCUCGAAUUGUCCUAGACAAAUUAGAGAAAAUUGGUUAUCGGGCAGUAGCGAUGACCGGCAUUGGACAAACAUGUAUAUGGUUAUUACAUAAAGAAGUUGGUGAUAAUGAAACGAGAUUGGUUGGUGACAAUGGAACUAGAUUGGUUGGUGAUAAUGGAGUAGAGAUAGAAAAUGGCAAAAGCUAG